AGACAAAGCUUAUGCCAAUCUUGAGGUCUGUUGCAGCUGUGCUAGCUCCAUUCACUUCUGAUACUUACAUGAAUACUGCCGACAGCAUCUUUGUGAUUACGGUCACUAUUUUGACGUCGAUUGGAUUUUUAUUGAAUUUGCUCUUGUUGUACUUGAUUAUAUGGAAAAGCCCAAGGAAUUUGACGCCAUAUCGCAUAUUUCUGGCGAACACCACAAUAACUCAAUUAGUUUAUGCGUUAUUUGCGGUCACUAGCAUGCCAAGGGUUCUUGCCAAGCAUCAAUACACUAUAGUAAUCUACCUGGGACCCGUGCAAUUUUUCGGCGAAUGGUUCAGCUACAUGUCCUACGUGGGAAUACUUCACCUAUCGCUAAACUCCUUCAUCUCAUUGAUGCUCUCAAUGAUCUACCGAUAUUUUUCUAUUCGAUUCAAAAGAUUCACAGCGAACACUUCAAUAAUUCUGUGCAUUAUUGGCUACUUCUUUCCAUUUCUCAUAUUUGCCAGUUGCUCGAAUAUUGCCAUUUCGUCGUCAUUGUCAUUCAACACGGCGGUUCUUGACGGAAUGGUUGAGAAUCUGGAGAGCUAUCACAUGGUGCUCACCACCGAAAUUUCCAAUCAUCCUUCUCUAAUUAUUCUGACGCUUGCCGUGACCUGUGGUCUUGUGCCUAUUUAUUUUGUGAUGUAUUGGUGUCGGCACCAAAUUCACAAGACGUUGAAGCAGACGAGAUCCGUUCAUAGUCCGUCGACAAGGGAUAAUGCAAGGAGAUUAGUUCGUGCACUAACAAUCCAAUCAAUUAUUCCUCUGGUGUCCGUCUUCCCUGCAUCAAUUUUCUGGUGUCUUUCCCAGUUGGGAUUUGUGGAGCCUACAAUGUACAGCUACUUUAUUAUUCCGUGUCUUUCUUUGGGAUGUAUAGCCGAUCCUGUAGUCACUAUCAGAUGUGUGCUACCGUAUCGAAGAUGGAUUUUGAAAUUGUGUAAUAUGAGUACUACCGACAUGAUUACGUCGAAUCAAGACAAGAGUACUAUAUUUCAAAAACAUUGAUUUCUUUUGUUGUUGUAUAUUUGUAAAUAUUGUUUUGUUUUGUAAAUAAUUUAUUAAAAAUCUCAUAUACAGACAA